AGCAUUUUGAAACACUCGUCUUUCUCAAUUCUCAAAUCGGAAAAAAGGUUCCUUUGGAUUAUUCGAUUCAACAGAUGAUGAUGAUGGAUUCAACCACCGAAGCUUCUGGAUCAUCGCUUGAAUCGUUGAUGUCUUCCUUCAACGCUCGCAUAACUCAUCUUCAGGAGCUCGUCAUUGCAAGAAACAUGUUUCCGGCGAGCAGCAUGGCUGACCUGUCGGCGGUGGACGCGGCGGUGAAGGCCAUGGAGCUUCAAGUUCAGGCCAUCAAGGAUCGCCUCCGCGAAGAGACUCAAGCCAUUCCCAAAACCAAGAAAUUGAUCAGUGCCUCAUUGAAGCAGCAAAAGAAACUACAGAAUAUGUCCCUUCAUGCUCCCUCUCAAUUGCCCGAUAGGGUGACAGUUUCAGAUUCAAAUACUAGUAGAUGUUUGUCACCUGAAUUUUCUGUACAAGACCCUGGAUUGGAGGCUUUGAAUUUGAAGGUUAAUGAGGAGCCUCCUCCAUUACCUAAGGAGAAAAAAGGUCGCAGUUCACCACCAAUGUGGCAUGUUACUGCAAGUGAACUAGAUUCCUUGUCAUCAUACAUGAGAGGUAGGCUUACUCUAGAGAAGGUGAAUGCAGCAAUCAAUGACAUGGCAUCCUAUGCUGAAUCAAAUGCUCAACUUAUCAUAGCCCCGAAAAAGAAGUUGGCAGAAAAUCUGUGGGAGAAAGCCCUGGAAAUUAGAGAUAUUGCAACUAUGGAAGGGGUUAAGGGAAAACAUUUCUUUCUUGAAGCUGACAUAAAAGGACCAUCACUGAAGCUUGACAAUACUGGAAAGGCAAUACUAACUGUUCUUCGUCACCUUGGCCGCAUCAAUGAGACUCGUGUUGGCCAUCAUCGCAUCAUUAUUCUGCAGAAGCCUAACUGAACGAGUUUGGUCAUUUAGAAUUAGAAGAUUUUAGUAUCAUGAUAAAUCCAAUACAUUUUUUAUGUUCAAACUCAUAGCAAGUUAUAUUUCAAGACCUAAAUACUUGUAUGAAAUCAGUUUAUGUAUGUUACCUUAUGUGUCUCUGUU